AUUUUUUUGUGGGAUGUUUGUUUUGCUCUCAGUCGCGCACGAGGCUCCCAGCAACGUCAUCACCACACAGGUGACGUCACGAGGAGCUAGCUGAACGCGAUGGAGGGAGAGAGGAGCCGCCGGUCAUCAUGAGUGAAGAUGAAGCUCUCCAGGCCGCUUCUACUCCUGGUCCUGCUGGCUGUCGCAGGGCUGAGCCGAGCCCAGGUCAAGACAUCUCUCCUGGAUUUGACCAACAGCAUCGGGAGCAUCCUUCCCGCUCUCAGCCGACCAGCAAACCACAGCCGCAUCUUCUAUGCAGUGAUGUUUGACGCAGGGAGCACAGGGACACGCAUCCAUGUUUACACUUUCAUCAACAGUGACUCAGCGGAGCUGCCUGUGUUGGACAAUGAGAUGUUCCAUUCCAUAAAGCCGGGUUUGUCAGCAUAUGCCGACUCCCCUGAAAUGGCCGGGCACACAGUGAGGAUGCUGCUGAAGGUGGCCAAGAAGACUGUGCCUCGUCUGGAGUGGAAGAGAACUCCAGUGAUCCUCAGAGCCACAGCUGGACUUCGGCUGCUGUCCCCGGAUAAAGCCCAGGCUCUUCUGGAGCAGGUUCAACAUGUGUUCGACGAAUCUCCAUUUUUGGUUCCAGACAACAGUGUCAGCAUAAUGAAUGGCACAAACGAAGGAAUCCUAGCUUGGAUAUCGGUGAAUUUUCUGACAGGUCACCUGAAAGCACAAACCAAGACAACAGUGGGAAUCUUGGAUCUUGGCGGAGGAUCUACGCAGAUCACUUUCCUGCCAAAACUGAGGAAAACCAUUGAAAGUGUUCCUGUUGCUGAUUACGUUGCCAGAUUUGACAUCUUCAACUCGACAUUUGAAUUGUACACUCACAGUUACCUCGGACAUGGGCUGAUGGCAGCGCGGCUGGCCACACUGGGCGCUCUGGGAGCAGAAGGGUUGGAGUGGCGAGUGUUUAAGAGCUCCUGCCUGCCAAAGAAGUUCAGGGAUGAAUGGAGCUUUGGAGACUUGACCUAUCAAGUGAGCGGGGACCCAGACGGUUAUGCAGGAUACAAGCUUUGUUAUCAGGAAGUACUUAAGGUGGUGAAGGGGAUUAUUCAUCAGCCGUACGAGCUCCAAGACAGCAAUGUGUUCUACGCGUUCUCUUAUUACUUUGACAGAGCGGUGGAUGCCGGCCUUAUCGAUGGGGUCCAAGGAGGGAAGCUGGAGGUCAGAGACAUCAAGAAGAGAGCUAAAGAGGUGUGCAAUAAGAUGACCAAGUACCCUCCCAUCAGUUCUUUCCUGUGCAUGGACCUGACCUACAUCACCUGUCUGCUCAAGGAUGGGUUCGGCUUCAAGGAGAGCACGGUGCUGCAGUUGACCAAGAAAGUGAACAACGUGGAGUCAAGCUGGGCUUUGGGCGCCACGUUGGACCACUUCCACAACCUGAAGAUCCACUGAGGAGACGGGAGGAACAAACGCUGCUGAUUCAGGCGGUGCUCAAAGACAAAACACGAAAGCAGAGUGUGCACCACCUUAUCUAAUGUCCCUAGACAGCUGCUGUUUGUUUCAUAAUGGCAGACUCAACCUCAUGAGUAAUUCUGUAAUUUUGUUUUGUUUUGUUUUUUUAAAAAAAGCUAUUUUUCACAAAUGUUAAUAUAUUGAGUUGUAAAUGAGCAAUGUGUGCCUUACUCAGAGAACACUGGAGGUUGACAUUUGAGUGAAAGAUGUUACUAAUAACACACCGAGUUAAUGCAGCUGUGGGCUACACUGGGCAAACAAUUAGGUUGGAUUAGUUUGUGUGUUUUACUCUGAUGAACAGGGCGGUCUGGCUCGUUAGGCUGGUUCUGCUGUGCAAGACCAGAGUUAACAUGCAGCAGUGUGAUAUAGCGGUUUUAAUGUGAUUAAGUAACAAGGAUAAUGGACAUGUGCCCAGCUCAUUUCAGUGUGACAGUCAAUCCUAUCAAGUGAGACUCAUUUUCAUCGGUGAACAUCGUAACUGAAUUUCAAACCCAGACUUGUGUUUACAAUGAUACGACGCGUAACGGUGCGCGGCCAUUAUAUUUUCAUAAACUCUUUAAACCCG